UCGUGGAUUAUCAACAACAACAGCAACGGUGUUGGUGGCAGUAAUAAUGUGAAGAAUAAUAGUAAUUUUAUUACAAGUAUAACGAAUAAUUUUAUGAGUUUCGGUGCACCAUUCCUAUUUGAUUGGAGAUUAUUCUGUGAAAGAGGACAACCACGUUAUGUUCAUAAACAUGAAGGUGAUGGACUACGAGUGGAUGAAUGUGAAGCACGAUUUCUCAACAAGAUUGCUCAAGAAGAAAGAGCAUCAUUGAAUGCCAUUUCAGAUGAAGAUGAUCAAUCAACAUCAUUACGACAUCAACAUCAACAACAACAACGAAAAAAUAAAUCCAGUUCAGCUGCAGCAAUGAAUGUUGAAUGUUUAGGUUCGGUACGAAAAUCUGGUUUUCUUUCCGUUAAAAAAUGGUUAAUAAGAAAAAAGAAUUCAUUAGAAUUGGCCAGAAAACGUGGCUGGAAAGGCUAUUGGGUUUGUCUCAAAGGAACAACAUUAUUAUUUUAUCGUUGUGAUUGCGAUGAUAAUAAAUCUGGUGGCCAUGUGAUAGAAGCUCGGCCACGACAUUUAAUAUUUGUUGAUGCUUGUCUUGUGCAAGCAAUACCUGAACAUCCAAAACGUGAUUUUGUUUUCUGUUUAUCAACAGCAUUUGGUGAUGCAUAUUUACUUGAUGCUCCUUGUUUGGUUGAACGUGAUUUUUGGAUUGCAGCAAUUCAUUGUGCCUGUGCCGCUCAACUAGCCAGAAGUUCUGGUCGUGCAACUGUUUCACAUGUUCUUCAUAAAGAAAUCAAACGAUUAGAAGAAACAAUUGAAUUUGAUACACGUGCCAAAACUGAAGCUGAACAAAUCAUUUCUACAGCAUUGGCUACUGGUUCAUUAACGGCCACUGAAGCUAAAUCAAAACAACAACAAUUAAUGAAUCAGAUACAUAAUCUUGAAGAAAAGAUUGAAAAGAAUCGUAUUGAAAUAUUUCGUUUUCGUGCUUAUUUAGCAGCAAUUACCAACGAAGAAGAUCCUAAUCCAAAAACCUUAUUAUCACAGACAACUAAACGUUCAAAAAUUCAGCUCAAUCGAUUAGGUGUUUUUUCUGUGUCUUCAUUACAUGCUUUCAAUUGUGCCAAAAAUCCGACAAUCAUUGGAAAUCUAACUAGAUCUAGUUCUGAAGAUAAUCUUUGUGCACAAAAUUCAAUAUCUACUUAUGAACAUUAUGCCAAGAUGAAAUCCAAUCUUUCCAACGCCAUACAUAAAGAAAUUCGUGUGACCGUUUUUGUUAAAAUGCUCAAUGGUGAAUUGAAUAAAUUGGAAUUUAAUGCAGCACUUUCAGCUGAUCAAGUUUUAGGUAAAUUAUUACCAUCAUCAAUUGCACGUGAUUAUUAUCUACGUCAUAUGGAUGAUUCAAGUAUUAUUUUUAAACGUCAUGAAACCAUAUUGAAUCAUUCAAAUAUAACAUUGGAAAUUGUGCCAAAAAUCAUGUUCACAUGUGAAAUGACUCGUGAAUCGAAUGACACACUUUUUGGAUUUUCAGUAGAAUCAGAAUUAUGUCAAGAUGAUUUGCGUGUUUAUGUAUCACGUGUUGAGCCAGGUUCAUUGGCUGCUCUACAAUCAUUACGACGAGGCGAUGAAAUUGUCGUCAUAAAUGGUGCAUUCGUACAGGAUCUUGAUAUGAUGUAUGUGGAAUCAAUUCUUCAGGAAGAGUUGGCUCUCUGUCUUACUAUCAGGGCUGCAAGAGAUGAAAUGAAUAUAAAUAGUCGACCAAGUAGUAGCCAAUGUAAUUUUGGCCAUACAACAAAUUCUUGGAAUCAAAAUAUUAAUGUGAAUCCGGCCACAAGUCUCAGUGCUAUAGAUUUAACACAAAUACCUGUUGUUCAACAACAAUCACAACAACAACAACAACAACCGCAACAGCAGCAGCCAAAUACUGAUGAUUUAAUUGAAUCAUUAGUCUGUCCACCACCGCCACCAAUUGAUGUUUCACAAAUGAUUCUUUCAGAAAAACAACUUAGUAAAUAUAUAGUGCCCAAAGUGGAUAAUUAUCUUUUGUCACCACCACCACCACCACCAUCCAAUGAUGAUAAAUUUAUGCACUGCCAACAUAAAAAGAGCUUCAUCGAUAGUCGCCACCAUUCUCAUCAUCAUCAUAGAUCAUCGAAUCGUUCAUUUUCAUCAAAAUCAGCCAAAUGCUCAUCAAGUGCCAAAUGCACCAACGUUAAUAAUAAUGAUCAGAUACCGAUUCGGCCACAUUCAGCUGCAGCUAUUAGUUAUCCAAGAUCCGGCCAUCAUCAUCAUCGUCAUCAUUAUCAUGGUCAUCAUCAUCAAGGCCAUCAUCAUAGUCGAUCAUCGAAUGUAUCGGUUACAAAUCCAAAUCAUCAUCACCAUCAUCAUCAUCAUCAUCAUCAUAGUAGUACGAAACAUAUUUAUCAUAUUAAUGAUCCACAUCAAGCUAAUCUUUAUGGACUUUUAGAGCAACAAUUAGCUAUAAGCGGAAAUUAUGAUGCUCAACAACAACCACAACCACAAUCGAUUGUUCCGAAUUCUAAUCAAUCAACUUUUGAUCAUCAAUCAACAUUAUUGAUGACAAAUCCACCAAUUGACCAGCAACACAUUCCAACAAUGAUACCUACAUCGGCAUCUGUUGGCGGUAGUGGUGGCGGUAUACAACCUGAACUUGCUCAAAUUUCGGAAACAGAACUUGCUACAUUAAAUGAAUCAUCAAUAAUAUCCAGAUGUAAGAUUGAUGAUCAACAACGACAACAACAACAACAACAAAUCGAUAAAUCUUUAGAUUUGGGCAAAAAUCAAACACCAUCAAUAAAUGUUCAUGAAGAAUUAUCAUCAUCAUCAGCGACAAAAAAUCUUUAUGGUGGUGAAAUUACAAAUGAAAAAUUACGCAAAGUUAUACACGAAUUAUUGGAUACGGAAAUCACUUAUUGUCAAGCAUUAGAUCAAUUAAUGACACUUUAUUUGGAUCCAUUGUUGAAAAGUUCAGCAUUAACCAUUCUUGAUUCACGAAUAUUGAUCGGAUCAAUACCAACAGUGAUUAUAACACAGAAUCAAUUUCGUGAAGAUCUAACCACAAUCAUUAAUAAUGAUGAUUUAAAUAUUGAAGGAAUAGCUAAAUGUUUUCUAAAUUAUAGUAAUGAUUUUAAAAAUUAUUCGACAUUUUGUGCAUCACAUGCAAAAGCAAUCAAAUUACUUGCAGAUGAAAAAUCUAUUCUACAUGAAUGGCUAACGAAACAAUCAAAACUAUUGAAACAUCCUAAUAUGUAUUCAUUGGAAUCAUAUCUUAUAAGGCCAAUACAACGGAUAUUGAAAUAUCCGCUUCUAUUGUCACAGAUGAAAACAUUGUGUUUGAAAGAUUCACAGCCAUAUUUUAAAAUUAAUGAAGCAUUACGUGCAAUUGAAAAUGUGGCCGAACAUAUAAAUGAAAUGCAACGAAUUAAUGAAGAAUAUGGUACUAUAUUUGAAAAUCUUCUUACCAGUACAAAAAGUGCUGGAUCAUCAAAGAAAACAAUCUGUCCAUUUGAUUUGACACCGACAUCUUUGUUACAUUAUGGCGGUGUUGAAUGGAUAAAUUCAUUGGAAUUUUUGGGAAAAAGUUUUCGCAAAAGUACAUCAAACAGUGGUGGAUUAAAUCUUCAUUCAAUGUGUUUUGUAUUCAGACAAUGUGUUGUAUUCUUAUGUAAAGAAACCGUUAGGCAUGGAAAAUCAAAAAAACAAAGUGCUACCGAUAUGGAAAUCAUUCGUCAUCAAGUAUUAAUACCAGUAUCAGAAGUACAAGUUCGUGCCUGUCCACAAACCACUGAACAGGAACUUGAUUUUAAAUGGGAAUUAAUUCAAUUGAAAACAAAUGCACAGGGAAAACGUUCAGAGAAAAUAUUUCGACUUACAAAUAGUACAAAUGAAUACAGAAAUCUAUUUCUUCGUACAAUUCGUCAGAUAAUACGUGAAGAUGUACGUCGUAUGAAUAUAAUGGGAUCAAAACAAAUAUCAACAAAAUCGGAAACAAGUCCAACAACAAAAAAAAAUGAUAAAAAACAUAUUGUUUCAUUUGCAUCGACACAGAAUCUAACACGUUGUGGUUAUUGUGGUGAAGAUUUUACUAAAAUGUUUAAAAAAGUCUAAAAAAAGUGAGAUAUCAUCAUCAUCCCUAUUAUUAUUAUUAUCAUCAUCAUCAUCCAUCAUCAAAUUCAAUGAUACGUUCAAUACAUUACAAGACUUUUACGUGAGAUAAACACCAAUCUACCACAUACACACACACACUGACAGACACUCAAAUGAAAUACGAACAAACAGAAAAAAUACAUUCGAUUUUUUUUUGUGAUUUUUUUUUCAUCUUAUCUUGGAUGUGAUUAUUAUUAUUUUAUUGUUCUGGAAAAUUAUACAUACAGACGAUACCGGUUUUUGAUUAUAGUGACAAUUAACUUAUAAAAAACACAAAAUGACAAUAACAACAAGUGAACUCUCUCUCUCUCUCUCUCUCUUCUCUAUCAUUAUUAUUAUACAACCCAAAAUAUGUGUAUAGUUUGUCCAUUUAUAUAUAUGAUUAUAUUCUUUCUUUUU